UAGAGGAGUCGCAGCUACGCCAACUAGGAAGAGAACUUGUCUCGUUCAAAGUGGAUACACGAGCUGUCAGAAAAAAUGAUGACAUUUUGAAAUUCAUAUUCACGCAACGGACAACAUCGGAGUUACUAGUUGAUAUGCUUCUAAGUGCCAACAACCACGAUCCUCAUGGUUCAGCAACAACCAACGACGACCAAUUCAACAGACCAUACAUACUCGGCAGAUUGUGCUCAAUCAAGACAAGGCAAACAUGGCUCACAAUUUUGAACUGCUGUGCUGUCUUGCAAGAGAGUGAGAUUCAGCAACACAUAGAAAGACCACAGCAUGGAUUAAGAGACAGGAAGAAUCCAUUUGAAUACUUCGAGGAUGAACCUCUCAGAGUGGGGUACCAACAGAGAGAACCACACAUUGCCUGUCAUGUUACAGGUUUUGACAGGACUUUGUUUUAUGCCAUUGGUACCUCAUGCAAGCAGAGGAAGCAACUAUAUCACAGUCAUCCGUGUGCAGAAUCAUCAAAGAUUUUUCUGACGCAAUAAGCAAGGAGUAACAGUUAAUGAAGUUUCCGAUGACGAGAAAUUCAAACCAUCCAGCGACAAUUUGAUGAUUGCUACAGGUUUCCAAGAGUCAUAGGUGCUAUUGAUUGGGGCCAAUCCGGGCCAUGUCGGCAUCAGGAGUCCUGAUGGGGAACAAGCCCUGUACUGAGCAGGAAGAACUUCUGUAAAUGUAUAGGUGUCUGUUGCUCCCCUCUUUGAUGAAUUCCUGCCGCAUUAUGUUGUCAAUAGAAAAGGAUGAUGUGCUACGGGUAUUAAGCAUUCCAUUGGAUUAUCUGUGCAUGAAAGUGGACACUUGUGAUAAAAAUAUGGUAGCUUGGUUGAUAGGAUGUAUUCAUGCAUUCCGAUUUAUUAUUAGUGAUCAAAUGACCAUCUUGCUUUUUAAAAACCAAAGUUCACAACAUUUUUCUUGUUUGACAAAAGGUUUGGGUAAAUUCCAGGAUAUAAAUGACACACAUGAUGGGCUAAAGGACCUUUUGAUGUUCGCCUUUGAAGCCGCCAGUUUCAGUAAAGAAAUCCGAGGGGUGAAAUUUUACGAAUAUCCAUGUCCAUUAGAAUAUCCAUUCUAAUGUGGUCGGUGGAAUAUUGUUGUUCAUUAUUGUGCCAGAUGAGUGCCCGAAUAUGCCCAGACGAGCAAAUUUGAGUCAUAUUUCAGGACAUAUUGCAUGUUUUUUUUUCGCAUGUCUCCGAAUUAUGUACUACCAUGGACCUAUGAAGAGAUGGACGAUUAACGCGAGCAAUUCUUUGGUCCAAUGAUAGUCACCGUCGCCUGGUUAUGCACAUCUUAAUGAGCACAUACAGGUGUUGUAACAAUAGCAAUUACCAUGACUACCAAGACGUAUCUGAUCACCCAAAGACGGAACAGUUUCCCGGUCUUGAUUUUUGUUGGCUGAUACCUUGUUUCAGCAUGUGCCUUUCAGUCAACAUGCUUCAUAUUUGGAGCAGCAAACUUGAAAAGCAGACGAUCUUUAUGAUAUAAAAUAUGAUAUUAUUCGAUCCGCUAACUACCGCUCACACAUAAGGACUUCAAUAACAUUGAGAGACACACGAUCUAUAAAUGUUAUGUACCACGUAUAUCUGGAAUAUUAUGGAGAAACUUGGGAAAAUUAAAUUUUAAAUGGUAAACAAUCAAUCACAAUAUUGCCUCUAUAUUACAAUAUGAAGACAUUUCCCCAAAUAAAACACAUGGAACUAAGAUUACCAAAGGUAAAAAAGAACUGCACAUCGAUUUUCCAUGAUUUAAGUGAUUUGUUGUCUAUUUCGCAUAUAAUUUGUGAAAUAUAAAUGUCCAGUCACGAACUGCUUCCGUCCCUUCUCACGGUGACGAUCAUUGAACCAAAGAAGACUAGUAUGAAGAGAAUGUUAUUCAGAGGACAAUUACAGUCACCUGUUAGUGAUUUCAUUAAAGGACAAGUCCACCCCAACAAAAACUUGAUUUGAAUAAAAAGAGAAAAAUUCAACAAGUAUAACACUGAAAAUUUCAUCAAAAUUGGAUGUAAACUAAGAAAGUUAUGGCAUAUUAAAGUUUCGCUUCAUUUCACAAAAGAGUUAUAUUCACAGCUCGGUCGGUACGCAAAUGAGGAACUGAUGACAUCACUCACUCACUAUUUCUUUUGUAUUUUAUUAUAUGAAAUAUGAAAUAUUUCUAUUUUCUCGUCAUUGUCAUGUGAAAUGAAGUUUCAUUCCUCCCUGAACACGUGGAAUGCCAUUAUUUUAACAUUUUGUGCUUCAGGCAAGGAGGUCCUAAUCAUCACAUUCGUAAAAAUUGAAAUAUUGUAUAAUUCAAACAAUAAAAAACAAAAGAAAUAGUGAGUGAGUGACAUCAUCGACUCUCUCAUCUGGAUGCAACUGGCUCGUUCAUAUAACUAUUUUGUUAGAAAUAAGCGAAACUUUCAAAUGUCAUAACUUUCUUAUUUUACAUCCGAUUUUGAUGAAAUUUUCAGCAUUGUGCUUGUCUGAUUUUUCUCUAUUGAUUCAAAUCAACAUUUUUCUGAGGUGGACUUUACCUUUAAGUAAGCGAUGAAUGUCCAUGGUACUACACAUAUAACCAGACCAAGCAUAUUUUCCUUUAUGUAUGACCUAUAGCUGCGGAGUCAUGCGGGAAUCAUUUGUCUACACAAUUGCAAGAGAUGUUGAGCAAAGUGCAUGCCUGACAUACUUUCUGCUGGCAGCUUUUAACCUUGUUCAAUGAGAUUUUAUUUGCUGUUACUCCAUCUCAUUUGAAACCUCCUUGGCAGUGGCGUACCUAGGAUUUUCCACAGGGGGGGGGGGCAAAAUCGGCCGCC